GAGAAAAAUUCUACUCGAAUCACUUCUCAUUCUCAACUCUCGAUUCUCUCUUUUCACUUCAAGCACAGAGACACAGAGAGAGAGUGGAAAUGGAGCAGACGAGCAACAAUCUUCAAACGUAUGAGCACCCUCAUUCGAUUUCCCAGCUGUCGGAAUCAGCUUCCGCAAUCUCACUCCCUUCAGAGCCUCCCGAUAUCAGGAACUGGUUUUCGAGCUAUGUCUAUGAAUCUCCUGAUCUGGGCUCAGUUCAGAGUCUCUUAGCUUCUCUCCCCAAAGAACGUAUGCGUCAGAGUAACAGUUUUGUCCCUGAAGAUGGGCAACGGAAAGAGGAAGAGAAUUCGGCGGAUUUUGGUAAUGUCAGGGAGACUGGCCGGGCGGGUGCCCAUGAGAAUGCUGACUCAAGUCUAUCUGGAGGAUCUGAGAUCAGUGAGGUUCCGGAUUCUUUGCAGCCUGAUACUCAGCUCUCAGAGCCUCCUGACAUUAGGAACUGGUUCUCGAGCUACGUGUAUGAAUCGCCUCUGUUAAGUAUCGACCUUGGAGAAGACUCCUCUAAUCAAAUUGGGCAUGACAAAGAAGGUUGUGUUGAUGAAAGGAGAAAUAAAGAACAAGCAUCGGGGGAUUUUAGAGACGAAAAACACUGCAGAGAUGUCAGCAUUGCUGAUGCUGAAAUGCUGUGCUGUGAUGACCUUGCAACUAGUACUAAGAGUUCCUUUGCAAAUAAGCAGCACUGCAAUCAAUAUUUACCGAAGAGCGGCGAUUCUUCAGACUCAUCCUCGCAACUCUCUGAACCUCCUAAUCUAAGUGACUGGUUCUCGAGCUACGUCUAUGAAUCUCCUGAACUAAACACCGCCGAGGGAUUUAGAGAAUCUUUUCUUGAACAAAAGGAGUCCCAAAAUGAUGAAUUUACUACUCAAGGGUGCAACAGAGACAAAAGAAAGAAUUUGAGCUGCGCAAGUGCUAAGAUUGAUGAAACAGAUCUUUGGGAAAAGUCUGGCUCAAGUAAUUGCUGUUGUAAAGAUGCUAAGCAGACACGACAUUCUCCAAGUCAGGAACAAGGUGAACUCAUAAAGAAGGAAAAUUUAUCAGCUCGGGAUAUCCCAACAUUCAAGAGGGUGUCCACGGGAUACUUGGAAAGUGAAGUUGCCAUGGAACACAACAGAUCUCCACAAGUCAAUGUGGAAGGAUCGUGGUUGAGCAAAAGUGGCGCCAAAAAGAACCUGAAAACGAACUCUAUCGAAGAACCAAAUUUUAUAACAUUACAUGUUGAUUCAGUUGAUCAAGCUCCGAUGAGCAAUCCUGGAGUUAGAAGCCUUGAUAAAGAAAAUGAGAGAGCAGACACCAACAGCAGUGGCUUCGUUUCUGUGAAGAAGAGGGCAAGUAGGUCAAAUGAUGAGAAUGAUUCGAGAAGGCCAUGGAGUGUCUUGAAUGAGUGUUCGAGCACGAAACAAACAGCUUCUCAUGUGACCACAGAAGACGUCAUUAAGCGAAGGCCGUUAUCCGAGAUGACUAACUUGCAAGACCACUCAGAUGUGCUGGGUUCUGCUGGAAAAUGGAAGUGUCCCCAGAAGAGCAAACCGAACCUCGGACCUCCCAUGAAGCAGCUGAGGCUCGAGAAGUGGGUCCAUCUUACUGGAAGGUCGCAAUAGGAAGAUCGAACCAAGGAACGCCACACACAAGGACAACUUUCUUUUCUUUUAAUGUAAAACAUGAUCUCGGAGCAAUUUUGCUUGCUUUAACUAUGAAACUAUUCUACUCGGAGUAAUUGUCACA